AUGGCGAUAUAUUUCACUGUGGUCACCCACGAAGUACCCACAAAUGCUCUAUCGUCAGACGCACCAACGACAACAACAACAGAAGCACUGACAACCAGAAAACCAACUGAUAUUCCCUCGACAACAUCAACAGAGAUACAAGAAACAACUAUGAUAUCAGAACCAACAACUUUUACAACAUCUCCAGUAGAAUCUACUGUCCAAACAGCGACAGAAGAAUUAACCAUUACAACAAAUAAGGAACUCACAACCACCAUACCAUUGAUAGAAGAAGAUGAAAACACAUCAACUACUACAUCAACAGACACACCAACUACUACAUCAACAGACACAUCAACAACGACAUCAACAGACACACCAACAACUACAUCAACAGAGACACCAACUACUACAUCAACUGACACACCAACUACUGCAUCAACAGACAAACAAACUACUACAUUAUCAGACACAACAACUACUGCAUCAACAGACACACCAACAACGACAUCAGCAGACACACCAACAACUACAUCAACAGAGACACCAACUACUACAUCAUCAGACACACCAACUACUGCAUCAACAUACACACCAACAACGACAUCAACAGACACACCAACAACUACAUCAACAGAGACACCAACUACUACAUCAACAGACACAACUACUGCACCAACAGACACACCAACUACUGCAUCAACAGACACACCAACUACUGCACCUACAGACACACCAACUACUACAUCAUCAGACACAACAACUACAGCAUCAACAGACACACCAACAACGACAUCAGCAGACACACCAACAACUACAUCAACAGAGACACCAACUACUACAUCAUCAGACACACCAACUACUGCAUCAACAGACACACCAACAACGACAUCAACAGACACACCAACAACUACAUCAACAGAGACACCAACUACUACAUCAACAGACACAACUACUGCACCAACAGACACACCAACUACUGCAUCAACAGACACACCAACUACUGCACCAACAGACACACCAACUACUACAUCAACAGACGCGCCAACUACUACAUCAACUGACACACCAACUACUGCAUCAACAGAUACACCAACAACAACAUCAACAGACACACCAACAACUACAUCAACAGAGAAACCAACUACUGCAUCAACAGACACACCAACAACGACAUCAGCAGACACACCAACAACUACAUCAACAGACACACAAACUACUACAUCAUCAGACACAACAACUACUACAGACACACCAACUACUACAUCAACAUACACAACAACUACACCAACAGACACACCAACUACUACAUCAACAGACAAACCAACUACUACAUCAACAGACACAACAACUACUACAUCAACAGACAUACCAACUACUACAUCAACAGACAAACCAACUACUACAUCAACAGACACAUCAACUACUACAUCAACAGACACACAAACAACUACAUCAACAGAGAUACCAACUACUACAUCAACAGAGACAUCAACUGCUACAUUAACAGAGACACCAACUACUUACAUUGACAGAGACAUCAACGACUUCAUCAACAGCAACACCGACUACAACAUCAACAGAUACUCCAACUACUACAUUAACAGAUGCACCAAGUACUACACCCACUACAACAUCAACAGAGACACCAACAACUACGUCAACAGACAAACCAACUACAUCAACAGACAUACCCACAACUACAUUAACAGACACAUCAACUACUGCAUCAACAGAUACAAUAACUACAACAUCAACAGACAUACCAACUACUCUAUCAACGGACACACCAACUCCAACAACAACAGACACACUAACUACUACAUCAACAGACAAACCAACUCCAACAUCCACAGACACACCAAUAACAACAGCAGAGACAGCAACUACUACAACAGACACAUCAACUACAUCAACAGACGCACCAAAUACUAUAUCAACAGAUGCACCAGCUACUACACCAACAGACACAGUAACUACUACACCAACAGACGCACCAACAACUACAUCAACAGACACACCAACUACUACAUCAACAGAAACAUCAACUACUACAUUAAUAGAAGAACCAACUACUAUAUCAACGGAGACAUCAACAACUGCAUCAACAGAAACACCAACUACUACAGCAAUGGAAAUGCCAAUAACUACAUCAACAGACACACCAACAACUACAUCAACAGAGACAUCAACUGCUACAUCAACAGAAACACCAACUACUACAUCAACAGACACACCAACUACUACAUCAACAGAGACAUCAACUGCUACAUCAACAGAGACACCAACUACUACAUCAAGAGACACACCAACUACUACAUCAACAGAGACAUCAACUGCUACAUCAACAGAGACACCAACUACUACAUCAACAGACACACCAACUACUACAUCAACAGAGAGAUCAACUGCUACAUCAACAGAGACACCAACUACUACAUCAACAGACACACCAACUACUACAUCAACAGAGACAUCAACUGCUACAUCAACAGAGACACCAACUACUACAUCAAGAUACACACCAAUUACUACAUCAACAGAAACAUCAACUGCUACAUCAACAGAGACACCAACUACUACAUCAAGAGACACACCAACUACUACAUCAACAGAGACAUCAACUGCUACAUCAACAGAGACACCAACUACUACAUCAACAGAGACACCAACUGCUACAUUGACAGAAAUACAUCAACAGACACACAAACUACUACAUCAACAGAAACAUCAACUAUUACAUCAACAGAUAUACCAACUACUACAUCAACAUACACAUCAUCUACUACAUCAACAGAAACAUUGAGUUCUGCAUCAACAGAGACACCAACUACUACAUCAAUAUCAACUUCUACAUCAACAGAAACAUUAACUACUGUAUCAUCAGACACACAAACUACAUCAACAGAGGCACCAUCUACUACAUCAGCAGAGUCACCAACAACAUCAACAAAAACUCCAAUAACUCUAUCAACAAAUACACAAACUACUUCAUCAACAGUAACAUCAAGAACAGCAUCAUCGGAAGCACCAACUACUACAUCAACAGACACACCAACUACAACAUUAACAGAGAUACCAACUACUACAUCAACAGAAACGCAACCUACCACGUCAUCAGAGACAUCAACAACAUCAUCAGAAGCACCAACUACUGCAUCAACAGACACACCAACUAGUACACCAACUGAGAUAUCAACUACUAUGUCUACAGAAGCACUAAGUAAAGGACUGACUGCUACGUCAACAGAUGUAUCCACCAUUUCAUCAUCAGAAACACCAACUACCACAUCAACAGAAUCAUCCCCAUCUACAUCAACAGACACAUCAACUACUUCAUCAGCAGACACAUCAACUACCACAUCAACUACUACAUCAAAGGAAACACCAACAAUGACAUCAACAGAAACAUCAACUUCUACAUCAACAGAGAUGCCAACUACAACUUCAACAGACACACCAACAACUACAUCAACAGAAGGGCAAAUUACUACAUCUAAGAAUGCAUUGACUACUUCAUCAACACCAGCAACUUCGUCAACAGAUAUGCAAUCUACGUUAUCAAAAGAGACACAAACUACUACAUCAACAGACACACCAAGUGUUACUUCAACAAAUGCACCAGCUGCUAUCACUACGGUAGUUCCAAGCAUUACCACAACAGUGGCACAAAGUACUACUUCCCCAAAGACAUCAACGACUCCAUCCGUAGAGACACCAGUUACUGAAUCAACAAUGAUAUCAACUGCUGCAUCAAGUGACACGCAAAGGAUUCUAUCUACAGACUCACUGACAACUACAGCAUCCGAAAUAGAAACUACAGUGUCAACAGAGGGUCAAACUAUACCAACCACUACUUCAACUGAAUUGCCACAUUCUACAACAACUGACAUACCAUCUGCUACAUCAACAGAAACACUAACUACAACAUUGACAGAAAGAGAAUAUUCAACAUCAACAGAACCACCAAGUACUACAUCAAGAGAACCAACAACAACUACUACAUCAACAGAGACACAACACCCUACAUCAACAGAUCUACCAACUACAUCAACAAAUGUACAAAGUACUACAUUAAUAGACAGAACAGCUACUUCAUCAACAGAAGCACCUAUUAAUAUAUCAACAGAAACACAAACUGCUGGGCCAACUAGUGCAUCUACAGGGACACCAACUACAUCUACUGAGACAGAAACUACUUCGUCUGUGGAAGUAUUAACUUCUACAUCAUUACGAACAGAAACUACCAUGUCAUCAGAUGGACAAUCUAGUAGAUCUACAGAAACGGGAACUCCUACAGUAACAGAGACAAUAUCUGGUAUAUCAAAAGAGACAUCAACAAUGAAUUCAAUAGAGGCACACACUACAACAGCUAUGGAAGAUCCAGGGACACCAACUACUACAUCAACAGAUACACCAACUACUACAUCAACAGAUGCACCAACAAUUACAUCAACAAAAAUACAAUUUUCUACAUCAGCAGAAACACCAUAUACUACAUUAACAAACACACCAACAACUACAUCAAAAGAUAUAUCUACUACAUCAUCAACAGAGACACCAAGUACUACAUCAACAAAAACACAAACUACUACAUCAACAGACACACAAACUACCACAGCAACAGAGACACUAAUAACUACAUCAACAGAAUCACCAACUACUAAAUCAACAGAUACAUCAACUGUUACAUUAACAGACACACCAUCUAUUACAUCAACAGACACACCAAGUACUACAGCAACAGACAUACCAACUACUAUAUCAACAGAGACAUCAACUACUUCAUCAACAGAGACACCAACUACUACAUCAACAGAGACACCGACUACUACAUCAGCAGAAACACCAACUACUACAUCAACAGUCACACCAACUACUACACCAACAGACACACAAGCUACUAUAUCAACAGAGACACCAGCUACUACAUCAACAGGAACACCAACUACUACAUCAAUAGACACACCAACAACUGCAUUAAAAGACACACCAACUGCUACAUCAACAGACACACCAACUGUUACAUCAACAGACACACGAACUACUACAUCAACAAACACACCAACUACUAAAUCAACAGACACACCGACUACAUCAACAGACACACCAUCUACAUUAACAGCAAAUAAUACAUCAACAGAGACAUCAACUACUACAUCAACAGAAACACUGACAACUACAUCAACAGACACACCAACUACUACAUCAACAGAAACACAAUCUACAACAACAACAACAACAGAGACACCAACUACGACGUUAAUGGAAAUAUCAACUACUAUAUCAACAGAAACACCAACUAGUACAUCAACAGACACACAAACUACUACAUCAACAGACACACCAACUACUACAUCAACAUACACACCAACUUCUACAUCAACAGACACACCAACUACUACAUCAACAUACACAACAACAACUACAUCAACAGACAUACCAAGUACUACAUCAACAGGGACACCAACAACUACAGCAACAGACACAUUAACUGCUACAUCAACAGAUGCACCAAGAAUUACAUCAACAAAAAUACCAUUUUCUACAUCAGCAGAAACACCAAAUACUUCAUCAACAGACACACUAAUAACUCCAUCAAUAGAUAUAUCAACUACUUCAUCAACAGAGACACCAACUACUACAUCAAUGGGCACACUAACUUCUAUAUCAACAGAAGCGGCAACUAUCACAUCAUCUGAGACACCAACUACCACAUCAACAGAAUCACCAACUACUACAGCAAUGGAUACACCAACGCCAACUACUACAUCAACAGACAUACCAACUACAUCAAUAGACACGCCAACUACUACAUUAACAGACACACCAACUACUACAUCAACAGACAUGCCAACUACUACAUCAUCGGAGACACCAACAACCAUAUCAACAGAGGCACUGACUACUAUGACAAUGAAAACACCAACUUCUACAUUAAUGGAAACACCACCUAUUGCAUCAACAGAGAUACCAUCUGCUAUAUCAACAGAAACACCAACCACUUCAUCAAAGGAAACUACUACUUCAGCCGAGACAUCAAAAACUACAUCGAUGAAGACAUCAACUACUACGUCUAGGGAUACAGCAGGUAGUAUAUCAACAGAAUCACCAACUCUUACCUCAACAGAAACACCAAACAAUACAUUAGAAGAAACAACUACUCUAUCAACAGAGACACCAACUACUACAUCAACAAAUACACCAACAACUACAUCAACAGACAUACCAACUACUACAUCAACAGAGACAUCAACUAUUACAUCAACAAAUACACCAACUACUAUACCAACAGAGACAUCAACUACUACAUCAACAGACACAUCAACUACUGCAUCAACAGAGACAUCAACUACUACAUCAACAGACAUACCAACUACUACAACAACAGAAACAUCAACUACUACAUCAAAAGAAACACUAAUUACCACAUCAACAGAAACAAGAACUACUACAUCAACAGAACAAACAACUACACCACUAGGUACACCAACUACUACAACAAUAGAGUCACCAACUACUCCAUCAACAGAAGCACUGACAACUACAUCUACAUACACAACAACUACUACAUCAACAGACACAACACCUUCUACAUCAACAGACACAGCAAGUACUACAUCAACAAACACACCAAAUACUACAUCAACAGAGACACCAACAUCUACAUCAACAGACACAUCAACUACUUCAUCAACAGACACUUCAACUACUACAUCGACAGACACACCAGCUCCUACAUCAAGAGAGGCAUCAAUUACUACAUCAACGGAGGCAUCAUCAACUACAUCAACAGACACAGCAACUGAUACAUCAACAGAGACACCAACUACUGUAUCAACAGACACAUCAACUACUUCAUCAACAAACAUACCGACUUCUACAUCAACAUACACAUCAACUACUUCAUCAACAGAAACACCGAGAAUUACAUCAAUUGAGACACGAACAACAACAUCAAGAAAUAUACCAACUACUGCAUCAACAGAGACAACAGACACACCAACUACUACAUCAACGGACACAUUAACUACUACAUCAACAGACACAUCAACUACUGCAUCAACAGACACACCAACUACUACAUCAACAGACAUAUCAUCUACUUCAUCAACAGACAUAACAACUACUACAUCAACAGACACAUCAACUACUACAUCAAUAUCAACAUCAACUUUUUCAUCAACAUAUAUACCAACUACUACAUCAACGGACACAUUAACUACUACAUCAACAGACACAUCAACUACUGCAUCAACAGACACACAAACUACUACAUCAACAGACAUAUCAUCUACUUCAUCAACAGACAUAACAACAACUACAUCAACAGACACAUCAACUACUUUAUCAACAGAAACACCGAGAACUACAUCAAUUGAGACACCAGCAACUACAUCAACAGACACACCAACAACUACAUCAACAGAGACAACAAGUACUACAUCAACGGAGACAUCAACGGGGGCAUCAAGAACUACAUCAACAGGCAUUCAAACUGCUACACCAACAGACAUACCAACAACUACAUCAACAUACACAUCAACUGCUACAUCAACAGAGACACCAACUUCAACAUCAACAGAGGCAACGACUACUGUAUCAAUGCAAACACCAACAACUACAUCAACUGAGACACCAACUACCAUAUCAAUGGAGACACUAACUAUUAUAUCAACAGAGAUGUCAUCUACUACGUCAUCGGAAACACUGACUACUAUAUCAACAGAAAAACCAUCUGUUACACCAACUACUACAUCAACAGACACAACAACUACUACAUCAACAUACACAUCAACUACUACAUUAACAUACACACCAACUACAUCAACAGACACAACAACUACUACAUCAACAGACAUGCCAAGUAAUACUCCAAUUACAUCAACAGACUCACCAAGUACUAUAUCUACAGAGAAACCAACUACAACAACAACAGACACACCAACUACUACAUUAACAGAUGCACCAAAGAAACCAACUACAACAACAACAGACACACCAACUACUACAUUAACAGAUGCACCAAGUACUACACCAACUGCUACAUCAACAGACACACCAACAACUAAAUCAACAGAAACUCCAACUACUACAUCAAGGGAAAUGCCAACAACUACAUCAACAGAGGCACCAACUAUUACAUCAGCAGACACAAUAACUAAUACACCAACUACAUCAAGCUACACUACUACAUCAACAGAUACACCAAAUCUUCCAUUCAUUGAUUCAACAAUUGAUUCAUCAACACAAGCAUUAAUUGCUUCAUCAACAGAAACACAAAGUGAUACAUUAAUAGAAAUAUCAACAGGAAAACAAACUACUUCACCUACAGAUAUAGGAACUUCUGCAUUAACAUAUAGACACACAACUUCACCAACAGAGACACAAACUAAUACACCAACAGAACCACUAACUACUACACCAGCAGAAGCAGUAACUACUAUAUCAACAAAUGCACACAUUACUACAUCAACACAAGUACCAACUACUACAUUUACAGAAACACCAACUACUACAACAGUAGAACCAUCAAGUUCUACAUCAAAAGAAACACUAACGAUUAUAUCAACAAAAGCACUACCUAUUACACCAACAGAUGCAGAAACAACUACAUUGACAGAGACAAUAACUACUACAUCAACAGAGACACCAACUACUACAUCAACAGAGACACCAACUAUUACAUCAACAGGAGCACCAACAACUACAUCAACAGAAACAUCAACUCCUACAUCAACAGAUAUACCAACUACUACUUCAUCAGAUGUAAAGUCCGACAAUACUGCGUCACUCCUGACAGAAGUACUAUCGACCACUUUAGCUAAGAUGACCACAGUUCCGACGACGGUUGAAAUAGAUAAUUUGACAAACACAACUGAUGAUGCUGUAGAAAUAACUUCAACAGGUGCUGCUACUACAAUACAUAUUGAUCAAACUACAGCUUCCAUAACAGACACAACUACUCCAUAUAACACCGUAACAACCACAAAAGAAACUACACCCUCAACAUCGGAAUCUGUUCUCACCACAGAGACCACACCAGCCACUACUAAUGCUUCUACAGCGUCGUCGUCUGCGAACCCCACCACUUCCACGUCUGCCACCACCACCACCACAUCAACGAUACAGCCAACGACUAUCAAAAAUCUUCUUACAACCAUGGUUAAUAACGUUUUAACCACGACAGCCAGCGGCGGGAAGGUUACUACACUGGGAAUUUUGACGACAACGUCUACCAUCAUUGAGGACGACAGUGAGGUAGCAGGUGUUAUCAAGAUUGACGAGGAGUUUGACCAGUCGUUGCUCGAUCCCACCUCUGAUGCUUAUGCAAAUAAGGUUGCAGAAAUACUAGCACUGCUACAAAAACUUUUUGCCAUUGCUGAUCUUUCACAAUAUAUCUCCAGCAUCAAUAUAGAGGGAUUUGUACAGGGCAGUCUCAUUGUGAAGUUUAAAGUAUCUUUCAUUAGUGUCAGUUUUGACGCGUCCUACUUGAAAACUACGUUGAAUACUGCUUACUAUUCUGUUUUCGAGCCUCAGUAUAAAAUCAGAGAUGAGUUCACACAAUUUUCAGGUAAGGAGCUUAGUUAGGGAGCAAUUGACCAUUGCCUGAGUAACACAUGCCCCUCCAUGGCUACCUGUAAGAGUCUGCUGACCAGUUAUCAAUGCCUCUGUCCCCAAGGCUACGUGCUCAAUAAUAAUCAGUGCCAAGAUGUGGAUGAAUGUCUGGAAUUCCCCUGCUCAACACACUUUGUCUGUAACAACACAGUAGGAAGUUACACCUGUACGUGUGAAGAGGGUUUCGCUCUGGUCGAAGGCAGAUGUGAAGAUAUCAAUGAGUGCAAUAUUCAGAAUGUCUGCCCUGCUGACUCCAACUGCAUUAACUUUGAGGGCAGUUAUGUGUGCGCUUGUAACAGUGGUUUCACCAAGAUUAAUGCUACGUGUAUAGAUGUAAACGAAUGUCAGAACAAUGUUUGUCCAGAGCAUUCUAAUUGUCACAACACAGAUGGAAGUUACACCUGUGACUGUAAACAGGGAUUUGUCAGCAGCAAUGGCGUCUGCGUCGACAUUAAUGAAUGUUUAAACAAUAUUUGUCCUGCAAAUUCCAAUUGUGAAAAUACACUCGGAAGUUACACUUGUUCGUGCAAAUCAGGCUUUGUUGAAAACGGAACACAAUGCGUUGACAUCGACGAAUGCUCGAAAACGCCAAGUCCCUGUCGCGAUAACAGCUUCUGUACCAAUAGCUUGGGCACCUUCCAGUGCACGUGUCAGCAGGGUUACCUAGACACUGGAGAUUCUUGCAAAGAUAUAAAUGAAUGCGAACUUGGAAAGUGCCCGGAUUUCUCAGUCUGUACCAACACAGGUGGCAGUUAUUUGUGUACUUGUAUUGAUGGGUAUAUGAUGGAAAAUGGGACAUGUGUGGACAUUAAUGAAUGCAAGAAUGAGAUGUGUCCUAUUAACGCAGUCUGUUCUAACACUGUGGGGAGUUACACAUGCACUUGUGAUCCGGGGUACAUUAUGACAAGCGGUGUCUGCCAAGAUAUCGACGAGUGUACCAAUGAUGUCCGACAAUGCCCCACUAUGUCAACGUGUAUGAACACUGAUGGGUCUUACUAUUGUAAGUGUAAGGACGGCUAUUAUCAGUCAGGCCUUCAUUCUUGUACAGAGAGCAGUGUCUAUAAUCUUGACAUUCGGAUACAAAAAAUAAAUGGCAGUGACGCCAUUUAUUCAAACUCUUUGAAUGAUUCCAGUACUUCUGACUUCAAAAGUUUGGCAGGAAAUCUAGAACACGUUACAGAUGGCAUAGUUAGGACGUCACCAAUACGUGAAGGUUAUAUGGGGACAACGUUUUAUAAGUUUGAACCCGGAUCUAUUGUGUCUCACGGCAAUAUGUACUAUGAACUGGAAUCUAGCUUGUUAUCUUCCGAAACUGAUAUUUUUGUUUUAAAUUCUACGUCAGCAUAUCUUCAGAAUUCAGUUGAAAUAUCUGAACUUAGUAUUACAGAUAUAAAUGAAUGCCUUCAGGAAGGUUUAAAUGAGUGUUCUGAAUACUCAAAUUGCACAAAUACACCUGGAAAAUAUAACUGUACCUGCUUCUCCGGAUACUUGGAUAUUUCGGAAGAUUCCUCGAAACCAGGAAGACUGUGUGUAGCAAUCAGUGACCAACAUAAAGACGUGAUACAAGGACUGACACUGGAAACUGAUAAAAUUCACUACUUAAGAUCGGAAUCUGUUAGUGUAACCAUACGGCUGUCACGUGGUUCUCAUGUGUCCUAUAACAUUUCAUACGGAGACGGGUCAACAGAACAACGUGGUUACAGUGAAAUUUUGUCCUUUCUCUCAGAAGCUGUUUUCUCUCAUAAGUACACAACAGCUGAUACGUACAACGUGACUGUAUGGGCAGUUAACGAAAUAAGCCAUGAAAGCAAAUCCGUGACCAUAAACGUCGUCGAUGAUAUUAGGAAUUUGAACUUAACGCACACAUCAACUAAUUCCAGCUAUGAUGGACAGAAGAGAUUUGAACUAAAGACUCCACAAAUUUUGCGAAACGUGAACGUGACUUGGGACUUUGGAAAUGGUUUUGAACAACCGAAACUGAUGCCAAUAUUCUCUUCCAUUGUACCUUUGACUGUUGAACAUUACUUUGAUGUGGGAAACAAACUUGUUAGAGUAAAUGUAUCGAACGAAAGGACUUACCAAUUGAUAAAGGAAACGUUCUACAUCGAGGAGAUGAUCUUUGGUCUGGCUGUCACAUGCAGCACGUAUGUCACAGAACCUCUGAAAACUCUGUACUUACGAUUGAGCUUUUUGACAGGAUCCAAUGUGACUAUUUACAUAAGCUAUGGAAACGGAAACCAAUUAAAAUCGGUCCUGAAUAAUAACCGUCGAGGAGAGUAUACGAAUUACUACCCAUUUGUUUAUUCAAACAUCGGAAUAUACAACAUUUCAGUUAGAGCUGUGAAUACUUAUUCCGAAAUGAACGCUUCAACUUCCUUAAUCAAUGUAGAAACUCAGAUCAAAGACCUUUCACUGUCGACCGGAAGUGUCGUAGACCUACCACCAGGACAGGUAAAGCUGACAUUGUCCUUUAGCGGAAGUGAUCAGGAGCCAUGUUGCAUGACGUGUAGGACGUAUAUAAAGGGGUUGUAUCAGCAAUAUGAUGAAAUCGCUCUUCUUAAAAAAGGCAACCCGACUGAAAUUUUAACUGUUUGGAAAAACGAAAAUGAUGUAGGAACCGCUGACAUUGAGCUCCUUUGUGAAAACAAAUUAGGAAACCAAACUUUCAAAAUCUGGACCACUUUUCAAAGAAAGAUUGAGAAUGUACAAGUGAGUGUAAACAAAACGUCAAUUAGUGCUGGUGAAAGUAUAACUAUUAAUUUUGACAUUGGGAUCGGCUCACAUAUACACUAUCAGUACGACCUAGGAAAUGGUGUUCAGAAUAGUGUAAAUAUUCAAAGCACCCUUGUUAUGAAUUAUUCGGUAAGUUUAUAUAACAGCUAUCAGCAAAUUGGAGUUUAUAAAUUGAAGUUUAACGUCAGCAAUCUUGUGUCCACAGUCAUAAAAACCGUGGAAGUCCAAGUCCUAGAGAAAAUCAAGGGCUUGAAAUUAUCACGAUAUUACAAGGUAUCCGAUUUAACGGAAACCUUACACUAUGGACAUGGCUCAAAUGGUGAUAUAUUUCCUUUGGAACGAUCUGUUAUUUUUGAAGCCACUGUCAGUAGUGGAAACGAAAUCAUCUAUACUUGGAAAUUUGGGAUGGAAAACGGGUAUGUUACCAGAGAUGCGAAAGUAACGUAUAAAUUCAAAAGUAUAGGAUCACACUUGAUAUCAGUAAAUGCAAGCAACGGAUUAUAUUUUGAAUAUAAAGAAUUUAAUAUCAUAUUGGAGGAAAUUGUGAAGCCUUAUUCAUUGAAAAACGAUGGACCAAAAAUGGCAUAUGAUCUGAUGACAUUUACUUUGGAGUUGGCGAAUCCUGGAACAAAUCCUUGUUAUCUUUGGUUCAUGGGAGAUUUUUCACCUAUCAUCAUCUAUGGUGAGGCUACUUGUAAAGAAAAGGCUGAAUUGAACAAUUAUGAAUAUAAAUCAUGGAAUGUGUCCAACGCAAUCCUUCAUCAACACAUGUUCCAGUCCAAUGGAACUUUCAAUGUCAGGGUUACAGGCUUUAAUUUGGUAUCGAGCCAGAGUAUCAAUGACAUAGGUGUAAUAACAGGUGUCAAUUGUUACUACCCAGUUGUGCACAUUAUUGGCGGAGGACAAAGAAUAGACGAACCUGUCGAUAUGUAUAGAUCAGAAUGGAUUAAUCUAGAAAGUUCAGCGGAGAUCAAUUGUCCUGCGUCUACCGGUCCCGAUUAUCAUUGGAGAAUAUUUAAAAUUCAGCAGGGUGAUACGUACCUCAACAGAGUAUUUAAUACCUACGAAGUCAGUGCCAUUUCUACUGAUCAUUUCAAAAUAUUGUUUCCACCCAAAACAUUUUCAUCAGGGUUGUAUCGGAUAAGCUUAAAUGUUUCAAUGACUGGCAUUCCAGGCAUUUCGUCCGAGGAUUAUACAUAUCUAAACAUAACAAAAACUCCGCUAGUGGUUCGAAUCUCUGGUGGAACUGCGCGUAAUAUUGGUUAUGAUUCUAAAUUAGUUUUGAAUGCAUACGAAAUGACAUAUGAUCCAGAUUCACCCGACUCCUCUAACUCACCUAAUUUCACAUAUGAAUGGAGAUGUCGAAAGGAGAAAGAGGUAUUUCCUUCUGUCAUAGAUUACAUUAGCAUUCCAACUCUUGAAGAGGCAUUGAAUCAAACAAGACGUGACGGGUGUUUCGGUACAGGUAUAGGAAAACUUCCAAUUUCAUCUGGGUUGAUUGAAGUCUCGACGUUGCUUCUAGAUCCCCAUUCGAAAAACGUCUUUGAAGUACGUGUCAGGAAAGAUACGCGGGAAGGCAUAUUUCAGCAGACGGUUGAAGUUAUUGAUGGAGAUCCUCCAGUUAUUCAAAUUGUAUGUGUGGAAAACUGCAACUCCAAAAUGAAUCCUUCAAGUUCAUUCAGUAUCCAAGGGCAAUGUCAGUCUUGUAAUCUUUACGAAAAUGUUGACUUUGAAUGGCAUCUCUUCUUAGAGGAAUCUGGAGAAUUUCAAGCGGUCAAUAACCUUGAUUCACUGUUGGUUACGGAUACAAAAUCCUCAGUCCUCGUUUUUGAAUCCUCAACUCUGAUUGGUGGGAGAUCAUACCGAUUAAGGUUAUUGGCCAUUGUCUAUGGAUAUACCAAUAGUUUUACAGAAUAUGAAUUUAUUACAAACCUACCGCCCUAUGGAGGAACAUGUGGCAUUAAUCCGACCUCUGGGUAUGCAUUAGAAACCGAAUUCAUUAUAAGCUGUAACAACUGGGUGAAUCCUGGUGAAGAAGAAAACAAAGGGGCGGGGUUGCUCUACAGAUUUUGGUCAAAGCUUCGGGGUCGCCAGGACACACAACUUCUGUAUUAUGGUACAGAUCCGUACACCCCAGAUACAACCUUUCCCUUGGGUCCAGAGGAAAGUAAUUUCUUACAUGAUGUGAUUGUAAGGAUAGAAAAUCCAAUUGGAGAAUACGUGGAAACGUGGUUAAGUGUUAAGGUAUCAAAGCCGGUUAUCCAAAAUGAUAUAAGUGAAUUGAUUUCGCUCACAUCAGGGCAGGACAACACGCUUGAUAAUCUUCUGUCUUCUGGGAAAACACAAGAAGCCAAACAAGUUAUCGUUGCCGUAGCCUCGUUGAUCAAUACAUCUCCUGCAGAGAUCGGAAUAUCGAGAGCAUCAGUAAUAAAAUCUAAUGACCCCGGUCUUUCAACAACCACGAGAUCGACAACAAAAGUGACAACGACGCCGAUUCCAUACACUACCACAUCUCUACAUUUAGAUUCUCAACCUACUGGAGAGUAUGUAAACACUACUACAGAUAUGCCGACAGUAUCAAGCAGCACUGCCAAAUCUACCACAAGCAAAAUUACGACACCAAUUACCACAUUAUCACCAACAUCAACUGAACCCCUUACAACUUACUUUGUCGGAACAACUUUGGAUCCUGCAGUCGCUGAGGCUGAAAGACAGCGGAAAGAAAUGGAAGAAAAGCAGAAGAGGAUAGAGCUUCGGGAGUCACUCUUGACGACACUCUCUGCAGAGACAAACUCCUUGACUAUGGAUUCUCUACAACAGACAGCGCUUUGCUUCAGAGUUGUCACGCAUGAAUCGUCCGAGUUGUCCGAAACCUCACAGGAGUUAGCAGUUGAUGCAAUGUCUGAUGUAGCUGAUUCCUUCAAGAAGAUCAUCAGUCAAUCACAAACAGAUUCUACAGUUCAGACAUACAGCGCAGCUGAAGACAUUCUGGCCUGCCUGAGUUCUGUUAUAAUUGCUGCUACUGGAGAAGAACUAGCGGAACUACAAAAGAUCAAUGAGGAGGAAGGGUCCAUGGGAGAUGACAGUAGCACGAUAGAUAAACAAACAACAACUACUACUACCACAACACCAGCACCGAUCAAUGCAGGUUUAACAACAGAAAGUCUAGGAACGACGAAGUCUCCAGAGCAAAUAAAACAGGAAUCAAACGAAAAAGUUCGAGCAUUGGCUUCCAAAGUAUUUGAUGUAGCAGAGGUUGUCUAUAAAACAAUUAUUAAGGACCGGGUGCCCGGAGAGCCUCCAGUUGUUUUAGAGUCACAACUUUUCACUAUAGUAGCUGAGAGAUUGGCUCUAAAUGCUGUGAACAAGACGUAUCUUGAUACCACCACAGGGUCCUUCCAAAUGCCCACUAUGGACACUAUAAUGACGCAGAACACUUCAUAUGUUGAUACAAAGGUUCUGAGUUCCAAAACAAACCCCUACGUAUGGGAUUCUUCAGCGAAAUACAUCAACUCUCCAGUCCUUACUCUUAAUCUGUACAAUAGUGAGGGAAAUGAAAUUGCGGUGAAAAAUCUAAAUGAUAGCAUUACGAUAGAUAUCAACAUUGAUGACUCGAAACUGAGAAGAUCACAAAUUAAUUUUCCGUUGACUUCAAAGGAAACACUAUCUUAUCAUUACUUCACUGUCAGGUCAAACAUGUCAUCUGUUCAUAUUGUCAUAAAACCGGAAGAUCCAGAAACAAGACUCGAAUGCUACAUAGGCAUUGGUAGACAACCAACAGUAAACAGUUUCGACUCCAACUUCACAAUUCCACGCAAGCUAACGUACAGCAUUUUGGAUGAAAAUUUGAGGCAAGAACUUGAACAUACAAUAUUUCUUGCCCCUGAAUAUGUACAGGAAAAAGGCAUUGGAGCGUAUUAUCUUGGAGUUCGACCAGUCUACAAUGAAACAGAAGAGGAAGAAUAUAUAAACUAUGACGAUUAUUACACUGACUACGGUAUAGUAACUCCACCUGAUCUGCUGAACUACACCAUAAGCUUUGUCACUUCUGGGUGUUUCUACUGGGACGUCGACUCAAAUCAAUGGGUUUCAAACGGAUGUCAGGUCAGUUAUUUUUCAAAUUCCAACUAUACCAGAUGUCUGUGUAACCAUUUGACGUCAUUUGGCUCCGAUUUUUUCGUUCCACCAAAUACAAUAAACUUCAUGACAGUUUUCAAUGACUUUGAGGCAAAAUUAAGAGACAAUUGGGCAGUCCUAGCCGUGUUGUGUUUGAUGUAUUUCCUUUACAUGGUUGGAAUGGUCUUUGCAAGGCAUAAAGAUAAAAGGGAUAUCAUAAAGUGGGGCAUAGCGCCACUCGCCGAUAACGUAGUAUGUGACAAAUAUUUCUACCAGCUGACUGUGUGUACAGGGAUGCGUCGAGGAGCUGGAACCAAGUCUAAAGUCAGUUUUGUCUUAGCCGGAGAAACCUAUGACACCGGGGUCAGAGAACUGAUAGACGAAAAGAACAUUAAGACCUGUGAUCGUGGAAAUAUCAACAACUAUGUGCUGUCUACAUCUGAGUGGCUGGGGCCAUUAACAUUUAUAAGGAUCUGGCACGAUAAUACUGGGGAGGGGAAAUUUCAGGGGUGGUACCUUAGCAAAGUCAUUGUCACUGAUCUCCAAACAUCAGAAACAUACUGCUUCCUUUGUAAUCGUUGGUUAGCAGUAGAGGAAGACGAUGGGAUGAUUGACAGACUACUUCCGGUUGCUAGUAAAGAAGACAUGACUAACUUCCAAAACCUCUUUAUGACAAAAACUAAGAGGAGCUUCACGGAUUCUCAUCUCUGGAUCUCUGUAUUUAGCCGACCUCAUCGGAGCACGUUUACUCGCGUUCAGAGAAUGUCUUGCAUUUUGUCACUUGUCAUGACAACAAUGAUGGUGAACGCCAUGUUCUAUCAAGCAGAAGACAGAGUACAAAACAAGGAAUACGUCUCUCUGGGGCCUUUUGAAUUUUCUUUGAGUGGAUUUUACAUAAGUUUCGUUAGUAGUAUGAUCGUUUUACCAAUAAAUAUAAUCAUCGAUCAAUUAUUCCGAAAAUCAAAACCCAAACGGAACAGAGUCACCAAUGCGUUUAUGGGUAAAAAUGUUCAACCCCUAGCAGCAUUGUCACAUAUCAAAUUGAGACCAUGGAGUCCACCAGAUGAUACGAAACUGGAAGAUUACGUAGAUAAACCGUAUACGCGCCCUGAUAGUGCAAACAGUACAUACUCCAUGCACUCCGAUUCUGCACUCAUAGAGAAAGGAAAGAAGAACAAUGAAAUAGCCAUGAUCAGCAAUCCACAAACAAAACAGUCCAAGAAAAAAUCAAAAAAGUUCAUGUUACCACAUUCCUGCAUCUAUGUGGCGUAUUCACUGGUGUAUAUCUCGGCAUUACUUUCGUCGUUUAUAACAUUUCUGUACAGCAUUGAGUGGGGAAAAGAGAAAUCAUUAAGCUGGUUGUCAUCAAUUCUGAUGUCCAUUUUUGAAUCGGUGAUAGUAAUCCAACCAUUCAAGAUAAUUAUUGUUGCCAUGUUACUGUCGAUCAUACUUAAGAAACCAGAUAUCGAGGAGGAAACAGAAACGAGUGAAGAAUCUCAGAUGACCAACCAGUUAUUACCUGAUGAGGAAUUGUUAUACAAAAAUCCAGUCAAAUCCGAGAGACCGGCAUUGAAAAUUGAUCCACCCGACAAGGAAAAAUUGGCCCAGGACAGGGAAAAACGAUUGAAGGAGAUUACCAUGUUCGAGAUAAUACGGGAGAUUGCAUUUUACUUUGUUUUUGUGGCUCUGAUUGUUCUAGUGGCCAGUCAUAACAGGGAUAAAAAGGCAUACUACGUGAAGGAGGCCAUGAGUAACGUCCUUAAUAUUAACAAAAUCAGCAAUCGAAGUCAUGUACCAGACUUUUGGCAUUGGUUACUGAAAGUCCUCUUACCACGCCUGUACAUUUCAAAACAGUGGAACAAUAAUCCGGUGGAUAAUGAUGAAAAGCGAAUGAUAGCGACAAGGGUAGCCUAUAGAGUUGGUCCUGUGCGUAUUCGCCAACAGCGUGUUCGACAAGAGGAGUGCAAAGCUGUUCCCAUGAUGUACAAGUUUAUCGAGUCUUGCAGCCAGGAGUGGUCAGUUACGAUGGAAGACGAUGCAACAUAUAUGGAGGGAUGGACGACUCCUAUGGUUAAUCACACCACCAUGCUUAUGAACUAUCCCUGGAAGCACCGCUCCUUGUUUGAUGAUGCGGGGCUCCCUUUUUCGGGAGAGUUCGGUGUGUAUACGGGAGGAGGCUAUGUCGCUGAUCUGAUCGGGGAUCGAGAAAGGGCGAUGAAAAUUGCAAAUGAAUUGAUGUUGAACAAUUGGAUUAAUCAGUAUACGAGGGCAAUUUUUAUAGAAUUUACUGUAUAUAAUCCGUACGUUAACAUGUUUUCGAAUGUAUUCAUAGCAUUCGAAAUGCCGACGAUGGGGAAGAUGUUAAUAAAGGACUCCAUCAAAACCUUUCGUUUGUUCUCCUAUCUUGGUGGUUAUGGGAUAUUUGUCGUGCUGAGUGAGAUCGCAACAUUGUGCAUUGUGAUAUACUUUAUUGUGAGGGAGGCCAAAAUUAUCAAACAGCAAAGGAAACACUAUUUCAAGAGCUUCUGGAAUUGUCUCGAGAUGUUCAAUAUGGUCUGUGCUAUUACAGCAGUGGCAAUGUACAUUGUACGACAUAUGAUAACACAAUUGGCAAUGUACUCGGUUAAAAAACUUAGAGACAAGUUUUACAACUUUCAAAAAGUGGCCAUGUGGGACGAAGUCUUCGGAUAUUUCAUGGCUUUUACGAUUUUCGUUUCCAUUAUAAAACUUCUUCACUUAUUUCGCUUCAACAAAAGGAUGUCUAUGAUUGCAGGAACCCUGAAAUACUCUACAAAAGAACUUUCUGCUUUUUCUGUUGUUAUAAUCAUUCUGAUCAUAGCGUUUGCAUCCUGGGGAUAUGUUAUGUUCGGUCCAAAGAUGUUUGCAUACAGGAAUAUGUUCCAGUCAAUUGAGACGCUGUUGGCUUUUGCACUAGGAGAUUUUGAUUACCUGGCUUUGGAGAGAAUCAAUCGCGUGUUUGGACCAAUUUACUUCUUCUUGUUUAUUCUAUGCAUUAUGACUAUUUUGUUAAAUGUUUUUGUUACAAUCCUCAACGAAUCUAUUUCGGCUGUUAAAUCCGAUAUCUCCAAACAGUCUAAUGAACACGAAAUUGUUGCCUUUAUGUGGUUACGUUUCAAAGACUGGGUUGGCAUUGACUUCGAUAAACUCUUCGAAGAAGUAAAGAGGAAAUAUAUUCUGGCUGGCAAAACAAAACAGAAAGAAAAGACUGAAGACAUUGAAGAAAAAUUGCGCGAAAUAUCCGAAAGACUGGAAAAACUGGGACAAUACGACUCAUCAAGAACGGACCAUCCACCCCCUGAUAUGAGACCAAUGAAUGAGGCCACGAAGGAACUUUUGUUUACUCGUUUGUUUCCAACCAUGAGACAUCAGAGUAUUAAUUUACAUUAAUCGGAAUCUGAUAUUGUAUUCUGUUUGAAAGAGCGGGUACGUUAAAGUGCAAAAACAAUUCUAGUGAUACAUGUACUGGUAUCUAUGUCUAUAUAUAGGUAUAACGCCUAGUGUUGAUUGGUUAAUCAAUUUGUUAAAUGAAGUUAUGAAAAUGAUAUAUGUGAUAUUAGUUGUUAGAAAACGAGGGUUGUUGAGAUUGAAGUUUUGACCACUGCAGAUUGCUAAAGUUCUGUUGUUGGAGACGUGGUGAAAGUUUCAAUCUGUAUUUGUCCCAUGUUCUGUUAUGUUGUGGAUUACUUUCUUCUUUUUAGAGAUAUCUAUUUCUACCCUUUACCACACGAAAAUUCAACUUCCCCUUCAAUAUUAUUUCACACACACAUAUACACACACUUUUGUCAUGUUAUAUAUUUUGGUACUGUAUAAUAAAUUAUCAAUUUGUCUAGA